AUGGAAAGAUGCGGAGUCUGCAUGCAUCCAGGAAUUACAUGGCAAGUCAACUGCUGCGCACGCGGCAAGCGUUGGAUUUGUGAUGAUUGCCGCAGUGUUGUCUGCAAAUAUUGCAAUGCUGAGCCCGAAGACCAUCUAACCGAGCUGUCUCUGGAUUCUGAUGAUUGUGAUGAGACAGACCUGGGUUACUGCGAGCCGGAACCUGAAGUAGACCCAGCAGGUAAAUGUCUCCUGCUCUUCGAUUUGAAUGGAACGUUAGGCUUCCAGCCCAGACAGGGAGGUCACUUGCAGGGAAGUCAUGUCGCAAACGUCGAUUCUUCUGAGCUCCCGGAGGGCUAUCACGGCAUCGCAUCUCGGUUUUACCACAGGCAGCACAGCCGCGGCUUACUGGAGCUUCUGCAGCAGAAUCGUAGGCGCUGUGAUUGGGGAUUCUACACCACCAAAACCUGGAAGAAUGCUGUGCCGAUGGCUCAGGCUGUUCUGCGUCACGAUCUUCGCAUUGAAGCUGUGCCUGAUGGCGAUGCUCCGAAGCUUAGGUUGAACGGCAGCACCAGCCAUUACGGCUCCUUUGUCUGGCUGUUUGACCAAGCGUACUGCAAGUUCAUACCGCGUGACGCCGAUGCGCAUGGGACAGACAAAUAUCAGCAUGGUGACACAGGCGGCCUUUGGGUUUUCGAUCUCACCAGCAUCGAGCCCGUUGUGGCCUCCGAGGGUUACAGGCGCAUCGUGGUUGUGGCUGGCAGUCAGCGGAAACUGUCCAACUUGCCACAGCAUUCGCGCCUGCCUUGUGACGACUACACAGAAGCCCUGGUGUUUGAUCCGGAAAGCGAUGAAAGCCUGCUACACGUCCGGAAUGUUGUGGCCAGUAUCAUCAGAAACGAAUCCGUGGAGGGUCAUUGCGUGGAAAUGGAAGGUAGCGCGAUAGAUUCUUGUCGUACAUUCCAUGCAGGUAAAGCCAACAUCGGAAGCCUCUUGCACUCCGGGACCUUCCAGUAG